GCCCAAGUCGCGAGCAACCACGGCCGUUCGUCGACUCAAAUCGAACGUUCGAACCUCGUAUUCGAGAUUGCAUAGUGGCGAGUGGAUAUAGCAUGGCACCCUCAUCUGACCCCCAGGCAUUCCGCGAAGCACUCGCAAGUUCGAAGCGCGUUGUCAUAUUGGCAGGGGCGGGUCUCUCCGCUGCUUCAGGCAUACCGACAUUCCGGGGUACUAAUGGAUUGUGGAAGACGAAAGAUUCAAAGCUAUUCGCUACCCCCGAGGAAUUCAACCAAGACCCCAGUAGAAUCUGGCAAUUCUACCACUGCAUUCGCGACCGAUGCCUCCACGCCAAGCCCAAUGCCGCGCACCAUGCGCUCGCCUCACUCACCCUCCCCUCCAUCCGCGCGCGCCUUCUCCCCUCCCUCACCGACCCCACCAAGCCUCCCCUCCUCAUCACCCAAAACUUCGACGGCCUCUCCCCGCUCGCGCUCUCCCCGCACCUCACCCCUGCCUCGCAGAAACUCGCCUCCUCGCGGCUCGUCGAGACGCACGGCUCCAUCCUCAAGACGGUCUGCCUCCAGUGCAAGCACACGAAACACACCCGCGAGACCCCGCUCUGCCCUGCGUUCGCGGGGCUCACCGAGGCGGAGGUGGAGGCGGGCGGGAGGACGAUACCCGUUGAGGAGCUCCCGCGGUGUGGCGGCACUGAGUGGGACGGGUCGAAUCGCUAUGGACGGUGUGGAGGCUUGUUGAGGCCCGCGGUGGUGUGGUUUGGGGAGGUCCCGGAGGGGAUGGGCGAGAUCGCGAUGGAGCUGAACUGGACGGACCUGCUGAUCGUGGUGGGCACGUCUUCGCUGGUCCACCCUGCAGCGAGCUUCGCAAAGACGGUCAAGACCAGGGGCGGCAAAGUCGCCGUGUUCAAUCUGCAACGAUCAGAGGGAGACGAGAACGCAGACUUUCUGUUCCUUGGGCCCUGUGAGGAGACCCUGCCGUCGGUCCUGGGCACUACGUCCGAGUCUUGAAGCAAUACAGUGUAUCAGUCAAAUUGUGCGCAGUAGAAGGCAAUAGAACGGCGGCCCAAGCUACAUUGUUGAUUUCAAACCAGCGGCAUAGGUCCGCGGCGAGGUAUCCGGCUUGUUAAAUGUGGGCAUCCUGCGCAUCCCGAGACUGGUAUCACUUAUGGUCCGUAAGCUGAGCUGCGCUGUUUAUCGCGCUGUUCAACGACAGGAGGCGUUGCGCUGCCUUCAAGCUCUUCCUGUCACUGUGAAACAAUCAUCUAUAGCCCCGGCAGUGGACAGUAGUAAGACCACAGUGUGGCGUUGUACUGCGCCAUCGUCCCAGGGCGCACCGAGAAACUAGAGUCAGUCGGUCCGAUAUCGUACCUCCAGAGGGGUGACAGCUCGCAGC